CCUGCGCAGUGAGAGGCGGGCCCAGGGGCUGGACACUGGGGCUGGACUCCUGGGUCGAGGGAGGAGGACGCUGGAGGCUCGGACUCACCUGGGAGCUUGGAUUCCUGGUACAGUGGGAGAUCUGAGGAGUGUCUUUCAACUGAGAUGAUUGUGAAAGUUUUUUUUCAGAGAUAUGGAACCAGCCUCUUCCUGGGAGGAGGACCGCAAGUUUGUCCUGCGGGGCUGGUGUCUCGUCUUCAACAUCCUAGCGGCCCUGAUGCUGCUCAGCGUGACGGAUGGGCGGAUGGCUCACCUGCAGGGCUUCUACACUGGCUACGUGGGCUUCUGGACUGACUGCAGAAGGUACAAGUGCGCCAACCUGGACCAAGUCACUGUUCUCAUCCACAUGAGCAUGGGUUUCAUGAUCCUCGCCCUGAUCCUGUGUCUAGUCCUCCUCCCGGCCAUGGGCUUCUCCUUCCGGCCAGUGUUCCACCGCCUUAACAAGGCUGACCUCGUCUUCAGUUCCUUCAGCAUCUGCAUUGGGCUCCUGAUUGUCCUCAGCCUGACGCUCUUUGUAGCCAACUGUGAGACGCUCCAACCGAGGCCACAGGUGUCCUACCUGGUGACCACCUACCUGUGGUGGGGCGCAGCCGCCUUGAUGCUGUGGGCCGGAACCCUGAGCUACUUAAACUACGUGGGGAUGUGGGGCAACAAGAGGUCCUCCAUGGAGCGGCGGGUGAGCUACCGCCGGUGGGUCUCGCGGCAGAGCACCCUGAAGUCCAUGUUCGGACAGCAGCCGUCAGACUCAGACUUCAAGCGCACCGAGGAAGAGCCCAGUUCACUUCCCCCAGAAGAAUCCUCGUCUGAGCCUCUCUAAGCAGUUGCACCCGAACUUCUCAGGACGCUGACACGUAACCACCGCCAGGUGCCGGGCCCACCCCUUUCAUUUUAGGCAGGCGCCCGAGAUUAGACUUCCCUGGAGGCCCCACUCCCUAAGAACCCUCGAGGGGACAAGUGACAAAGCCCCACCCCUCGAGCCAGGGCCCUCCCUUUGCGGCUCUGUUCCAGCCCAGAGUCCUCACCCUGCCCCCACCCCGGAAGUCCCACACCGCCCCCCCGCCCCCCCGCCCCCCCAGUUCUGUACGCUGCCCGUGCUGCGCAGCUGGUUGGCGUGGCCCCGCCCCCGAGCCUAGCUAGGCCCCGCCCCCAAGGGUCCAGCCCUCGGGGGCCGUGGCCCGAAGCCGCACUCCGUCUCAGGAAUUCCUGCCCCUCCGAGGGCCAGCGCCGCCCCAGGAUGUCCAGUCUUGCCCCGGGCCGACACAACAAGCCCAGCAUUUGACGUAGUCCCACUCCCGUGUGGAACAGACCCCACCCCCAGGGAGGCGUGGCUUGCAAUUACAUCCCCCGCCCCUUGCUGGCUUCCCUGCCGCAGUAAAAAGUGGGCCGUGUCUCUCAGAGUUCA